UAGCAGCACACCCUGACACAAGGAUGCCUUUUGUUAGAGCUAACAUGCCCUUAUAUCUCCAACCCAUUCUUGAUGUCAAAUCAGAGGAAAGGCAUCAUGGUGAUGUAAGAAUUAGCAGCUUGAGGGUAAUUGCAGCUCUAGUGAAGGAUGACGAUCCACGAGCUAUCAACUUCAUUAUCAAGUCUGAAAUGUUUUCUUGUUUCCUGAAACACAUGGAAAACAGCACUAUACCGUCAAGAACCCCUGACUCUGGCCUUAUUGUUGCUUAAUUUUGUGCUUGCAUAGCAUCCUGGACCAAGUAUAUUUUUUUUAAUAAUUUGAAAUCUGGUGUAUAUCGUUUGAUGAACAAGGUAGAAAAUGUGGGCAUGCUUUUGAAAGUUCAGUAAAUUUGUUUAGAUACUUGACUGUACAGGUAGCUGUGUUUAUAGUCCAAAAGAUCAUAAGCAAUGAAGAGGGAUUGAAGUAUAGCUGCGAAAAGGUGGAGCGUUAUUUCGUCACAGCAAGCAGUCUAGGGAAGAAUAUUUAAAGAACUUGCUACAGCUGGAAGGCUUGCGGAAGAGGACCCAAGAAGUUAAAGAACAUAAUUUGGUGUUACAAUAGGCUAUAUGCAAAUCCAAAGUUAGCUAUACUGCUGCAUUUCAAAUAUUUUAUUUGCUCUUAUGUGUAUGAUCAGAUGUUUUAAUAUUAAUUCA